AUGCCACAUUCCUGCCCCGAGUGCGGGAAAUGUUUCAUAAGCGAGUCCCAUCUCUACAGACAUCAGAGAACUCACUCGGGGGAAAAGCCCCAUUCUUGCGCAGAUUGCGGGAAAAGCUUUUUAGAGAAGUCCCACCUUUACAGACAUCAGAGAACGCACACGGGUGAGAAGCCAUAUUCCUGCACCGAGUGCGGGAAAUGUUACGCGCGGAAAUCGCAACUAGUCAAACACAAAAUGUCUCACACCGGAGAGAAGCCGUAUUCCUGUUCCGAGUGCGGGAAAUUGUUUUUAAGCGAGUCAAACCUCAACGCUCAUCAGCAAACCCACACGGGGGAGAAGCUGUAUUCCUGCUCCGACUGCGGGAAAUGUUUUUCUGAGAAGUCCCAUCUUUACAGGCAUCAGAUAACUCACACGGGCGAGACGCCGCAUUCCUGCCCAGAGUGUGGGAAAUGUUUUUCGCAGAAGGCGCAGCUUUACAGACAUCAGAUCACUCACACCCGCAAGAGGCCGUAUUUCUGCUCCGAGUGCGGGAAAUGUUUUUCACAGAAGGCCUCUCUUAUCAAACAUCAGGGAGUCCAUACUGGGGAGAAGCCGUAUUCUUGCCCUGAGUGUGGGAAACGUUUCCUAAAUGAGUCUAAUCUUUAUACUCACCAAAAAACUCACACGGGGGAGAAGCCGUAUUGCUGCUCCGACUGCGGGAAAUGUUUUUCAGAGAAGUCCAAGCUCUAUAUACAUCAAAGGUCACACACUGGUGAAAAGCCGUAUACCUGUCCUGAGUGCGGGAAAUGUUUUGCACAGAAGGCCCAUCUUCAUGGACAUCAGAGAUGUCACACGGGCGAAAAGCCGUAUUCCUGCCCUGAGUGCGGGAAAUGUUUUUCACAGAGUUCCCAUGUUACCAAACAUCAGAAAAUCCAUACAGGGGAGAGGCCAUUUUCCUGCUCUGAGUGCGGGAAAUGUUUUAAAGAGAAGUCCCAUCUUAAUACACAUUUACGAUCUCACAAGGGGGAGAAGCCGCACUCCUGCCCUGAGUGCGGGAAAUGUUUCAAAGAGAAGUCCCAUCUCUACACUCAUCAGAAAACUCACAGGGGUGAAAAACCGUAUUCCUGUCCUGAGUGUGGGAAACGGUUUUCUGAGAAGUACCAUCUUAACAGCCAUCGGAAAAUUCACACAGGGGAGAAGUUGCAUACUUGCAGCGAGUGCGAGAAAAGCUUUCCUAUGGCGUCCCAUCUUUUAAUACAUCAGAGAAAGCACACGGGGGAAAAGCCGUAUUCCUGCCCUCAGUGCGGGAAAUGUUUUGUCAGAAAAUCCCACGUCGAUCGACACCAAAAAUCUCACACUGGGGAGAAACCGUUUUCCUGUGCUGAGUGCGGAAAAUCUUUCUCGCAGAAGUGCCACCUUACCAAACACCAGAAAGAUCACACGGGUGAGAAGCCGUUCCCCUGCCCUGAGUGCGAGCAAUGUUUUACACACAAAUCGCUCUUAGAAAGGCAUCACAGGUCCCACACGGGGGAGAAGCCGUUUUCCUGCCCCGAGUGCGGGAAAAGCUUUUCAGAUAAGGCCAAACUUGCUAGACAUCAGAGACUGCACACGGGUGAGAAACCAUAUUCCUGCCCUGAGUGCGGGAAAUGUUAUCCACAGAAAUCGGAACUUGAUAUACAUCAGAGGUCUCACACCGGGGAGAAACCGUAUUCCUGCCCUGAGUGCGGGAAAUGUUUUACACAGAAAUCUCACGUUUCCCGACAUCAGACAUCUCACACGGCAGAGAAGCCGCACGCCUGUCCCGAGUGCGGGAAAUGUUUUACCACGAGGUCGCUAGUUGUCAGACAUCAGAGAUCUCACACCGGGGAGAAGCCGUACUCCUGCUCUCAGUGCGGGAAAUCUUAUUCACAGUCUUCAAAACUUGCCAGACAUCAGAGAUCCCACACGGGGGAAAAGCCUUUUUCCUGCCCGGAGUGUGGGAAAUGUUUUGUAACGAAAUCUGAACUUGGCUCACAUCAGAGGUCUCACACGGGGGAGAAGCCGUUUUCCUGCCCCGAGUGCGGGAAAUGUUUUGCACAAAAAUCAAAACUUGUCAGACAUCAAAGGUGUCACUCGGGGGAGAAGCCGUUUUCCUGCCCUGAGUGCGGGAAAUGUUUUAAAGAGAAGGCCCAUCUCUACACUCAUCAGAAAAUUCACACGGGAGAGAAGCCGUUUUCCUGCCCUGAGUGCGGGAAACGUUUUACAGAGCUAUACCAGUUGAAAAGUCAUAAGAAAACUCACACGGGGGAGAAGCCAUAUUCCUGCUCUGAGUGCAGGAAAGGUUUCUCACAGAAGGCCCAUCUUUACAGACACCUGAGCAUGCACACGGGGGAGAAGCCAUUCCCCUGCUCUGAGUGCGGGAAAUGUUUUGUCAGCAAGUCGCACCUUGGUAGGCACCAAAGAAUUCACACCGGGGAGAAGCCAUACACCUGUCCCGAGUGCGGAAAAUGUUUUCCUAAUAAAGAAAUCCUUGUUACACACCAGAUAAUUCAUACGAGCGAGCGUCCCUAUCGCUGUUCAGAGUGCGGAAAAUGUUUUACUAAAAAGGGAGGCCUUCAUAAACACCAGAGAACUCAUACGGGUGAACGUCCCUAUUCCUGUUUAGAGUGCGGGAAAUCUCUUUCUAGUAAUGGAGCCCUUCAUCAACAUCUGAGAAUUCAUACGGGCGAGCGCCCCUUUUCCUGUUCAGAGUGCGGAAAAUGUUUUUCUAGCCAUGGAAACUUUCUUAGUCACCAGAGAAUUCACACUGGCGAGCGUCCCUUUUCCUGUUUGGAGUGCGGAAAAUGUUUUUCUGAAAAAGGAAGCCUUAACAAACACCAGAGGAUUCAUACAGGCGAGCGUCCCUAUUCCUGUUCAGAGUGCGGGAAAUCUCUUUCUACUAAAGGAGCUCUUCGUCAACAUCAGAGGAUUCAUACGGGUGAGCGCCCCUUUUCCUGUUCAGAGUGCGGGAAAUGUUUUUCCGAAAAAGCAAACUUUCUGAAACACCACAGAAUACAUACAGGUGAGCGUCCCUUUUCCUGUUCGGAGUGCGGGAAAUGUUUUUCCGAAAAAGGAAACCUUCUGAAACAUCAAAGGCUUCACACUGGUGAGCGUCCCUUUCCCUGUUUAGAGUGCGGGAAAUGUUUUUAUGAGAAACAACACCUUCUUAUACACCAGAGAAUUCACACGGGCGAGCGUCCCUUUUGCUGUUCAGAGUGUGGGAAAUGUUUCUCUGAAAAAGGACACUUUCUGAAACACCAGAGAAUACAUAUGAGUGAGGGUCCCUUUUCCUGUUCAGAGUGCGGAAAAUGUUUUUCUAAAAAAAAAGAAAGCCUUCGUAAACACCAGAGAAUUCAUGCGGGCGAGCAUCUCUUUUCCUGUAUGAAGCGUGGAAAAGGCUUUUCUGACCAGACAAACCUUCAUAGACACAAAAAAAAGUCACACUGA